CCACUGAUGGGUCUCAGCGGUCAGUGAGCGUCCCUCUCUCUCAUGCACACGUCGCGAGCCGGGAGAGAUACGUGAUGGGGAACUGUGCGCCGGUGUCGUCCAAGGUCAGGCAGCAGCAGCAGCAGCAGCAACGGCGCUGGACGGCGCAGUGGUCCUCCUCGGCGACGGCGAAGGUGAUACGCGCCGACGGGAAGAUGGAGGAGUACGAGACGGCGGUGCCGGCGGGGCGCGUGGUCGCGAGGAGCCCGGGGUACUACGUCUGCAGCGGCGAGGCGAUGCAGGUGGGGGCUCAUCCGCCGGUGGUGGGGGAAGGGGAGAAGCUGCAGCCCGGGCAGCUGUACUUCCUACUCCCGCUCUCCUACUCCCACCGCCCCCUCUCCCUCCCCGACCUCUGCCUCUUCGCCGCCAAGGCCAGCGCCGCCCUCCGCCUGCCCUCCUGACGUGCAUGCCAUCAUCGAUUCUGUGUGCCGUCGUUAAUAGAACAGCAGCAGAAGCCAUUUUUGCGUAAAGACGAUACGGCUAAAACCCAAAGCUAUAUGUUCCGUCUUCAUCCUCGUAUUCAUAUGAAGCUAAGAUUGUUUCGGAUC